GUCUUAAAAAGCAUUAUAUUUCGCUAUUUUUUGAGCUAUGGUAUUAAAAUUCACAUGGGAGGUAUUAAAUUUCAUCCGGGUAGCCUACGGUAAAUGAAAAAAAAAACAUAUGUCUGGAUUUUUUUUCCGCGCUAACGUUAUUUAUUCAACCAGCGUCGUUUGUUAUCAAGAUGCUGAACAAGUAGCACAAGAGCCGUUGUGUGUCUAGCACUAGUUCUAAUAGCGCAGGAACCACGCCACAGGGGGCAGUGUGUUCUUUUAUCCAUGUAGUAGAACCAUUGAGAGUAGAGCAGACGAGGAAGAAGUGGUUGAACUUGAACAUGAACGGAGAUGGGGAAGUGUAAGUUUAGUAACAAGUGGCUUGAGGAGCCAAAAUACAAAAGUUGGCUAACAACAGCAACUUCAGAAUAUGAAGCGAGAUGUAAGAUGGCACAGCUUUGGAACUUGGUGGAAUUCCAGGACCAGAGUGCAGCAGUUGUGCCGCUCAGCUGGGUGGUAGAGGUGGACGGAGAAGUGGGAUGCUACUGGCCACCCUAUAGUGGCCAAAAAGCUGAGAAGGCCGCCAUGAACUCCAUCCCCCCGGGACAAGGAUGGCAAUUCCACCCAAAAAUCAGGGUGCUGACAACCUGUGCCACCUUUGCCAAAGCCAGGUCUUGCCUCAACCGAUCGCUGGAGGAAGGCUGCCUUACAGCAGACCUGCAGUCUGAUGGUGAGAUGGGGCCCAGGAAAAGACGUCCAAACAAAAGGUAUUUUGAGGAGGACAGCGAGAAGGAGGCACAACCAAGGCGUAAGGGGAGGAGGCCACCAUCUAUUGACGCCACUCAGCUGGACAGCGAGUGGCAAUUCCCCUCCCUUAAUGAAGACACCCAGUCAGCCAGUAGACACCCAGCCAGCCAGUUCCUUCACAGCCAGCCAUUAACUCAUGAUUCACUGCCGUCAGAAACCCCACCAGGCCUUGUACUUAACAGCCAGCCACUAACCCAUGCUUCACCUCUGCCGUUGCGACAGGUGAACAAUCAGUUGCUGCGUGAUUUACCGUCGUCAGAAACCCCGCCAGGCCCCCUACAUCACAGUCAGCCACUAACCCAUGAUUCACCCCAGCCACGUCACCGCUUCCAUGCCACACCUCUGCCAUCCCAACAGGGGAACAAUGAGUUGCUGCGUGACAUGGGCAUCAGCACCGUGAUCUCUCUCCUUGGCCAGCUGAGGGAGGAAAUCAGGGAGCUGAAGGGGGAAAACAGGGAGAUGAAGGGGAUGAUAGGAAGGCUGGAGCAAGAGGUCAGGGCCCAAAGGAGAGAGAUGGGGAGACAAGACACACCCCAGACAUCACCCCUUACCAAGCUCCCACUCUCCACCAUGGAGGAGUUUUUGGCAGCAGAGGCCCUGGUCAAGGAAAAUGCCAAACAAAAGCAGCUGAUGGUGUCUACCUUAGCCCUUUGUGGCGGAACUGAUGUAGGGGUCACGGUGAGGCGGAUGCUGCGUAGCCUCCUCGACAACAGCUUGGCCAGCCAGUUCAACUGGGCUGGAAAGGGGGAAAAAACUGCCUUUAAGGACACCAAAAUGCAUGAUGUCCUGUUUGAAGUGGCUGAAAUAUGCGCCAGAGAGAGAGGGAGGAAUGAGGAGACGUGAUGUGUCUGCGCCGCAGGAGGAGUAGGCUACAAAAUUGUACAUUUGUAAAUAAAUCCGAAAAU